AUGGACGAAUUGAAUCAUCGUCCGUAUCCGCCGGUUCCAGAUGUUGCAGAUGUGCCACGACGAAAUCUUAACAACGGGUGGAUGGAGUACGAAACUGAGGCGGGAAGAACAUAUUUCUAUAAUUUCGAAACCGGGAAAAGUCAGUGGAUCCCUCCGAGAUUCAUCCGAACACCGGCACAAGUCCAGGUACGAUUGUCGUGGUGUGCGUGCGUUCGGCGGUGUGGAAGUCUCAGUCGCACAUCGCUAUUUCGGUGGUUAUCCAAUCAAUAA